AUGCAGCCGCUGGUGUACUUGGCUGUUCGAGGUUGGCUCGGAUGGAUUCAGUUCGUGGAAAGAUCCAAGAGAGCCUUUUUGAACAGCUCUUUGGUUCUGGUUGCUGCCGGCGCUGUGCACUGCUGGGCAGUGGUUUAUUCCCUCUUUGUGGCAGUACACACGCGAGCCAUGCGUCAUUCUGGGUAUCACCAGGGCAGCGCAGAACAGCUUCCCCAAUCUGUGGCAUUGACAGAAACUCUCGCUGUUAGCUCUCUCUGGGUGUGGCUCAUUGCCGGCUUUACUACAGCGGCUGUGCGCAUGCUGGAUGAAGAUGCCGAUGGACUUCCUUUAGGAAUGGACGACCUAAAAUGGGGGCCGCUCCUUCGUUUCAUCCGAUCACCAUUCCUGCACAGCGCACUUGGGCAUGCCCACUCAGUCAGCUGCGUGGGCUUGUUUGUCAGCAUCAUAUUCCUGUGUGCAACUAUGGCUGCUAUGAAAGGCGGUAUUACCGUCUGCGAGUCCUGCCUGGCUAUUGUUGCGAUCGGAUUUGCUGUGCCACAUAUGGUUUUAGCAGGCAGGCGCUUAAGCGAGUCAGUCGAUCGUGCUUUGUCAGAGAUAUUGCCGGCCGACAGUUUUGAAGCAGCGGCAGCAGAAGCGGCUGCUGCUGGACCUCAGCUUUGCGUGAUCCUGUCCUUAGCAGAUGCACCGGGUCAUGCAUAUUGGUGGCAGAACAUUGUGUACACAAUGGCAUCCAUGGCAUUUGUGGCUGCCGUGGUCGCUUGCGGUCGUUCUCCUUCGAAAGCUGCCAAUGUGCCGCUGCCACCCGAGAAAGCCGAGACUCUUGUAUGCUUGCUCCUUGAUGCGAUGACGGCACUUUGCAUUGUAUUAUCCUAUCCUCACCUCAACACCUGGCUUUUGCGAAUUGCCGUCGUGGCUGUCAUCGCUUGCGCUGUAGCUGCACAGCACAGCCCCGUGCGGGAAAUCUACUUAGAUUGGCUUGAGCCAAUCUUUGUCAUACGAAGUGACUCGCAUAAGCGGUUCCCUCAUGGGCAGCGGCAGCUUCUGCGACAACUUGCGUGGGUUGCCAGUAUCCUGUGUGCUGCGGUGGCAUUGUGGGACAUUGCUCUCCAUCCACUGGCAUCAUCGGUACCGGGCAAGGGUGCUGAGAUGGCUGGCCAAGAGAUCAAGACAGAGUAG